AUGGUUGUGAGGGAAAUUGUUGGUUGGGGGAAAUUGUUGGGUGUGAUGGUGACCGGAGAUAGUUCAGAUGAUGAAAGUGAAAGUGAAGGUGAUUCUUCAACAGUUUCUGAUUGCGAGAGUGUAGUUUCUGGAACUGGAGUUAUUGAUCGAACCGGAUUGGUUCAGUUGGAUGAGAGUGACAAAUUGGGUGAGAUUAUUGAGAAGAAAUUUGUUGCUAGAUUGAGUUACGUCGGGAUUGAUGUUCGAGUUGAGUAUAUUCAUCGGAAUAUGUUUAAUGCUAGUGAGAUUGCUCAAGCUAGGUUGAGUAGCUUUCAGAUUUAUACGAAAUCUGUGGAGAAAAAGAAUGGUGGAGAUGCGAAUGUUAAGUAUGCUUGGUUUCGUGGUUCAAAGGAUGAGAUUCAUAAGAUUGUUGUUUAUGGAUUUGGGUUUGAUAAUGUUCGGAAGAAUGAUGGUUUUGGUCAUGGAGUUGUUCUCUCUGCUGAUCAUUCUCCUCUGGAAAGGUAG